AUGCAGAUGUCAGAUACUGAUCGGUUGAUUCAAAACACGUCAAAGCACACCGAAAACGGAAUUCGCGAAGCAGAAACCAAGCGGAAAUUCGACGGUAAUAAUCUUCAACUUCGUCUCAAAAUCGCCCGUGUCGACCCCGCGUUAGAACGGAUCACGCAACCAGAAAUACGUCUUGUUUGCGAUCGUAUCGACGUUGCAGAAUUGAGUGCAGAUAACCUAGAAGAUCUCGAAAAAGCGUCGUCCGUAAAUAGUGGUGCGCUUCCUGAAACGAGGCCUUGUUCAGUAGAUCUAUCGGAUUUAUCUCAACCAAUUUACGAUCUGAUGGAUCGUCGCCGUCAAGCACCGGAAUCAGCCGAAGUGCCCAAACUCAAAUCUCGCGAAGGAGUACCUCUUCGCGAGAAAAUAGUGCCUUUGCGAAACGACUGUAUCCUGAAUGAAAAGAACAAUGCGUUUGCGCCAAAGGUCUCCUUACCGUACGACGAUCACACUUAUUCGUUUCAGCCAGAUUUCAAGCCUAAGCCGAAGACCAAAACCCGAACUGUCGCUGUGGACAUUCACGAUCAUUCUGUUUCUUCAGACGAAACCCCUGUAGUUCUUGACCCAGAAGUGGCGUUCGAAGUUACGAUUGAAACCCAAGGCGAAGAUUUCCUUCCACGGAAUCCUCUGUCCAAUCCGGUUCCCGCUCCUCGAGGCAUUUUAUCGAACAGUGCAAAAUUCAGGAAAAUUGGCUUACACUCCGUGUCUUUUGAAGAAGUUAGCGUGUUUUAUUUCAAUCGAUCACAAGGUUACGAUGUGAUCCCGAGCACCGGAGAUGGAUGCACCUUGGCUCUUGACCGAUUCCAUUCGGAUUUUCAGCGCAUUCCCUUCUCCGAGUAUCUUGUGCAAAGUGCCAAAGAACGGCAAGAAGCUUUUCUGCUGGCUAAAUCAACGGUUCCUGCGGAAUGUUCUGAAAUUGCCAGCGCUUUUCUCAAGAGCAGCACAGAAGUCAAGCAAAAUAUCGAAGUUGUCGACGAAGAUUCCGCGAUAGAAUUCGUGAAUAGGACUCCUAGUCAGAAAUCCAUCAUGCCAAUGACGAAAGGCCGAAGAAGAGCUUUGCUUCGGAAAGCUGGAGUGAAAUUCGAUCACUUCCUUGACUUGGAAAAUACACGAAUCGCUGAAAGCCGCAAGCAAUGCGGUUGUGACUGUAAGGGCGGUUGCAAGCCGGACAAGUGCCUAUGUUCUAUGUUGGAAGUCUGUUGCUUGGUGGAUAGUGAGGGUUACCCGUGCAGUUGCUCUCCGAGCUUGUGCCAGAACCCGUGGGGAUGCGAGCGGUUCGAGCCAGUGAAAUUCGUCGUCAGUCCAUUGAAGGACGACGUUUCGGAUCCCAGAUUUCAUCGUGACCCCGAAGGAAUUUGCCUGCGGAUCUCGAACUCUUGCAUCGAGUGUGAAUGCGCGAGCGGAAAAGGAGAACAAGAGGAUGUCUUUCCGAUGUCGCUGGUGUAUGAAACUCCCUUGGGUCCCCAAGAAGUAGGCUAUAGGUACCGUGCUCCGUUUUCUUUUCUCGCAGGACCAAAAAAAAUGUCGGCUAUGGAAAGUGUUGAAGUGAAUGAUGUGUCUCAUGUGGACGGGAUCAAGUCUCGUAAAGCUGUCAAGAAGUUUUCCGAUGCCUUGCUGGAAUUGAUUCCCGCUGCCAUGAAAACCGGGGAUUUCUCCCACAUCAAACGCCUGGUCAAGUCCAGCAGAACCCCGGACCCGUCUGACAAGACUUCCUGGGACCGGAUCCACGAGGACGUGGAAAUGCACUUGCGGAAGUGCGUGGUUGUGGACGGGCAAACGAGUCCCGAGUUUUGCCGGAACGUGGUUCGGUUGGCCGUGUUGAGUAGCGACGAGACGGCGCCGCUGGUGGCGCCCAUGUUGCCGGGCGCCGUUUUCCUCGACGUUUUCGACAUCGUCACGAUCCAGGCUGCCGAGCGAUUGUUUGAAGUUGUUGAAGAAUUCCGGAGCGUGUGGAAAUCUCCGCAGUUUGGGGAGAACAAUAAGAACACUUUGCUGCGGCUCGGGAACAACUUGCUCAAGCGGUUGUCAAAGUCUCAGAACACGACGUUUUGCAGCCGGAUUUUACAGUUUCUCGCGUCAGUGUUGCCGCCGAGUGAGAGAUCAGGUCUGAACAUUGUCGGUGAAUUCAAUCUGGAAAAUGUCACUCACUUCUCAACUCAGGCUGGUGGAAAAACGGGGGAUGCGAAAGCGUUGGAGGGACAAAUUUACGAGAUAUUCUGGGGUUUGCAAGAUUUCUUCCGAAAUCCGAAUCAAAUGUAUAAUGGGACGUCGUUCAGAAAGUUCAAGGACAGUUGUGAAGAAGUGUUCAAGUUGUUCAGAGCGAACAAGAUUGAGCUCGUUCCGGGAGUUGAGAUCAAUUUGAGGAAUCUCACGGCUACCGAAGGAGGCAGACAAAGAGCCCAGUUUUUCGGAAAAUACCUGACGAACGCGAAACUGAUGGAUUUGGAAAUGAGGGAUCCAAUGUUCAGACGAUCGUUUCUACUCCAGUUUCUCGUCAUCGCACAAUUCCACCUGUUGCCCUUCAAAUUCCGACAUGAAAAGAAUCAGUUUUCCACGGCUCAACGCCAGUGGCUUCAAAAGGCGUCUCGCCAGGCGUUGUCUUUAAUUCGUGAAACCCCUCCGGAUGGUGUGAAAGCUGCCGCCCUGAUUCGCAAAUUGCUGAGCGAGGAGAGAACUUGGAUUGCGUGGAAAAACGGGGGCUGUCAGCCAGUCACCCCCGUAGACUCCCAGAAAGACCCCGUUUGCUCCACUGCAAAUUUGAGGAAGUUUGGAUUUGCCGAAUCCAAGUUCCGCUUGAGAUUGGUGGACAAAACUCCUGGUUUACCAGCGAAACAGAAGCUUUUCGCAUUGCCGUCUCGGGAUCAAUACGCCCUGCACAAAUUCGGAAUGGCCACACCGGCAAUCGAGGACUUUUGCAAGGACGUGCUGGUCAACAUAGACAAGCAGUUGGUUGGAAAAUCCAAAAAGUUGAUGGAGGACCCGAACUUCAUCUUCAGAGCAAUGCGACUCGUGAAGAGCAAGUCGACGCAUUAUCCUCAGUUUGACCCAGGGUGUCAAUCCACUAGAAUCACCGACUGUCUGAUAUUUGUGUUGGAACGCACGAAAGAGGAUAUGAUUACGAGGGCAAACCGAGCAACGAAGGUAAAAGCUGAGUCGUCAGAAACCACGGAUACUGCGAACGCAAAGCCUUCCCAGGACUCCGCCGUCUUGCUGAACGGAAGUGCGAUGAAGGAAGAGCCGGUGGAUGCUAACUUGGAAGAAGAAAUGGACGUGAAUGAAAUGGAAGAAUCCAACUUGGCCCUAGUGGACGAAGUUGGAGACAUGGACGAAGAAGACUUCGUUGCCGAAGAGCAUAAACGGGAAGCCGAAGAGCAGAUACACGAGGAAGUAAUGGUGGAUAACGAGAUGGUGGAAGAAAUUGCUCCCAAGAUCUCUGUCGCGUGGCAGGAAGUGGGCAAGAAACUCCAUUAUAAGGAAGACGAGCUUGAGCAUUUCCUAACCGAGUCAAAGGGAGACGCCCUGGAAGCUACCAAGACAAUGUUGAAGAACUGGAUAGAGGUGGAGGGAGAGGAUGGGACCCUGGCGAACCUGAAGUACUGGUGCGCCGCAGUUGGCGUUGAGCUGUGACGGAGUUCGUGUCGAACACAGAUUUUUCUACGCUGUUCUCUAAAUCCUUGAUUGGAAAAAUUUGCUGUCAUGUUAAACUUGCUGUGUUUCAAUUGGAUGUUGAUGCGAUGCGAUAUUCUAGGG